ACAAACUAACUUUUUAUGAUUCACACCCAAAUUUCAUCUCUCUCUCUGUCAGUCUAUCCAUGGCAUUUGCUUCAGCAACACCACUUUCCUCUUCCAGAUGCUACUCAGCAGUCCUUGAAAAACCAAGAGUAUCUCUUGUGACUAAAUGUAACCACACUUCACCUAAAAUCAGGUCAUCAUUUGAUUUUGGUGUAGCCCAUUCGCGUAAUCAGUCGAAAUGUCAAUCAGUGUUGAAACCAGUAAUGGUUCAUGGACUUGGAUCAUCAUCCAGGUUCCUGAACAUGGACCAUACAGAAAUAUACGGCACCGGACGGAAACAAAACCGAGUUGCAAUCAAAACUAAGGCAACCAAGGAUGGAAUUGCUCUUCCAAGUGCUGUGGAAGUUCUACAUUUGGCUGUCUCACUUGGUACAAUCCUAGCAGCGGAUAAAUUUCUAAAACAAGCUUUUGUAGCUGCUUCAAUCAAGUUCCCAAGUGCUCUUUUUGGGAUGUUUUGCGUCUUCUCCGUUCUGACAAUUCUCGAUUUAACUCUCCCGUCGGUUGCUUCAAACCUUGUUUCGUUUUUUGCUCCAGCAAAUUUGUUUAUUCAGAGAUGGCUGCCAUUGUUUUAUGUUCCGUCUUUAGUGGUUUUGCCGCUGGCUGUCAAGGAUAUACCGGCUGCUUCAGGGCUCAAGAUCUGCUUCAUAAUAGUUGUGGGUUGGUUGGCAUCGCUCGCUGUUGCGGGUUAUACAGCAAUUGCGGUACGGAAUCUUGUGAAGACUGAAAUGGUGGAUGCUGAACCUAUGCAGAAACCUUCUCCAUUCUCAAGCUUUGAAAUAGGGGCUUGGACUGCGAUAUUUGUAGCAUCAUUUGCUGUGGCCUACGUUAACCCAAUUGCGCUUGGCACAAGUGCAUUGACAUGCCUUCCUUUCUUACUUGCAGCUACUGUGCUAGGGUACAUGGUCGGUACAGGGUUGCCGCCCGCAAUCAAGAUAGUACUCCAUCCGAUUAUUUCCUGCACAUUAUCUGCACUUGCUGCAGCAUUUUCUUACGCUUAUUUCUCGGGAACUGGAUUGGACGCUGUUCUAGGACUCUAUCUGACAAAGGCGUCGUCUAAUCCUGGAGCUGGUGAUAUACUAAUGGGAUUCCUGGGCUCGGUUAUUAUUUCUUUCGCAUUCUCAAUGUUCAAACAGAGAAAGCUGGUGAAGAGGCAUGCGGCAGAGAUCUUCACAUCUGUGAUCAUUUCAACCAUAUUUUCGUUAUAUUCAACAGCUCUCAUUGGACGCCUCAUAAGCUUAGAACCAACUUUGACGCUAUCAAUUUUACCAAGAUGCAUCACUGUGGCAUUAGCCCUCAGCAUUGUCUCCUUGUUUGAUGGUGCCAAUGCUUCUCUAACAGCUGCAACAGUUGUAGUAACUGGUUUAGUCGGCGCUAAUUUCGUGCAAGUAAUGCUCGAUAACCUUAAGUUAAAGGAUCCUAUUGCUCGAGGAAUAGCUACUGCAUCAAGUGCACAUGGGUUGGGGACGGCGGCAUUAUCUGCAAAAGAACCAGAAGCACUCCCAUUUUGUGCUAUUGCGUAUGCACUGACCGGUAUCUUUGGUUCAUUGAUUUGUUCAGUUCCUUUGGUAAGAAAAAGUUUGCUCUUAAUCGUUGGUGCCUGAGUAGACACCAAGAACCAAAAGAUUUAUUCAUAUUCCAUUUCCAUUCUUUUGAUAUAUAUAUAUAUAUAUAUAUAUUAUGUAUAAGGAAUCAACUCAGAGCAUAUAUUUGUAUAAUUACAAGUUACAGUGAGUUACAAGUUGGUAGAAGAUUAAUGACAGUUAAUCCAUCAGGCGUCACAUAACUUCGAUGCUAAUUCGAAGUUGAGCUGUGUAGAAUAUCCAAAACGAUAACAACAAGGGAUAAUAUUCCUCACAUUCUCCGUUUUC